CCUGACGAAGGCGAAGAAGAAGCAAAGACGCGCCGGAGCUGCUAGCCGCUAGCCGCUAGCCGUGAACAGCCGUCUUCUUGACGCAGAGCGACAGGACCCGUCCCGGCGGACAUGUCGGCCGCGGAGGAGGACACGGAGCUCCGGGACCUGCUCAUCCAGAACCUGGAGAACAGCGGAGUACUCAACAAGAUCAAGGCAGAGAUGAGGGCAGCAGUGUUCCUGGCGAUGGAGGAGCAGGACCGUCUGCAGAGCAAAACGCCUCUGAUCAAUGAAAACCUGAGGAAGAGUCUCAGCAGUCGGGACGGCCGCCUCGUUGCCAGUCUGGUCCUGGACUUCCUCCGGGUCUUCAGUCUGGACUUCACUCUCUCCGUCUUCCAGCCUGAGAUCAAUGCACUGAACGGUCUGGACAGCAGAGACCUGGUCUGCAAAGACCUCAGUCUGUCUGAGUCUGAGACCAACAAGAACUGUCCUCUGCUGCUGGAGCUGGUCAGGAGGGGACAUUACAGGGACGGACCAGCAGGAGGGGACGGACCAGCAGGAGGGGACGGACCAGCAGAAGGGGACAGACCAGCAAGAGGGGACAAAGAGGACAGCAACAAAGGAACCGUCCCACAGGACGUCUCUCAGAGACAGAUCUCUCAGGCUCGCAGCAAGUUUGACCUGUAUGACGAGGGCCUCAUUGGUUCCAUAAACAAAGAAGACGUGAAGAAAGUUUUUGCUGAUUUCUUCGGUGAGGCCGGCGGCUGCUCCGUCCUGCUCAUCCUCGGCGCCCGGCCCCCUGCGGGGCCCUGCGGGGCCCUGCCCAGCCCCCUGGGGGGCCCUGCCCGGCCCCCUGCGGGGCCCUGCGGGGCCCUGUGGGGCCCUGCCCAGCCCCCUGGGGGGCCCUGUGGGGCCCUGUGGGGCCCUGCCCAGCCCCCUGGGGGGCCCUGCCCGGCCCCCUGGGGGGCCCUGCCCGGCCCCCUGGGGGGCCCUGCCCGGCCCCCUGUGGGGCCCUGCCCGGCCCCCUGGGGGGCCCUGCCCGGCCCCCUGGGGGGCCCUGCCCGGCCCCCUGUGGGGCCCUGCCCGGCCCCCUGGGGGGCCCUGCCCGGCCCCCUGGGGGGCCCUGCAGGGCCUGCCCGGCCCUGCGGGGCCCUGCCCAGCCCCCUGGGGGGCCCAGCCUGGCCCUGCGGGGCCCAGCCCGGUGCGGGGCCCUGCGGGGCCUGCCCGGCCCCCUGCGGGGCCCAGCCCGGUGCGGGGCCCUGCUGA